UCGGAAUUAGGGAGAGGUGAUAUUCGGCUACCUACAGAAACAUGUGCGGAUGCUCUAAGUCUAGCUAGGCUUGAUAACAUAGAUGCGGCAGAGGGUAUAGCGAAGGAUCCUCAUCGUAAAAAUACAGGCAAUCCCACUGGGAUUUCAACUAACCGAACACCUAGCCGGACCUCACAAUCAAUUCAAGUCGAUAGCGAAAUCACCCCGAGAGACGCUUCAGAAGAGCAUGAUACGAUAGUAGAAGGUACUCCUCUAGAGGACGGUCCACUAGAGCCUCUAUACAGCAUGCUCAGCGAGCGAGCCAAGGUCUCCGUCAUCCUCACAGCUUCAUUCGCUGCCAUAAUUUCCCCCAUCUCCAGCAGCAUCUACUUCCCGGCCCUGAACUCCCUGGCGGAAGACCUUGACGUAUCAGUGUCGUUGAUCACUUUGACCAUUACGGCAUACUUGGUAAGUUCAAAGCACCCAUUCCUCCAGAAAAAAAAACUUCCCUUAUUAGAAGCGAUACCUAAAGGAGCAAGAACCCGCGCUCACCGCAACCGGCAGAUAUUCCAAGGCCUCGCGCCCUCCUUCAUCGGCAACUUCUCUGACCGAAACGGCCGGUGCCCUGCGUACAUCAUCUACUUCGCCGUCUACAUCGGCGCCAACAUCGGGCUGGCCCUGCAGAAUAACUACGCCGCGCUCAGGGUCCUGCGCUACCUCCAGAGUUCCGGCAGCAGCGGGACCAUCGCCCUCGGCAGCGCCGUCGUCGCCGACGUGCCGACGCGCGCGCAGCGGGGAAAAUACAUCGGCUACGCGUCGAUGGGCGUGACGCUCGGCCCCGCGCUCGGCCCCAUCCCCGGCGGCCUCCUAGACCAGUACCUCGGGUGGCGCUCCAUCUUCUGGUUCCUCGUCAUCUUCGCGGCCGUGUUUUUCGUGGUCGUGGCUGUGGCGCUGCCGGAGACUUGUCGGGCCGUCGUUGGCAACGGGUCGGUGCCGCCGCCGUCCAGAUGGCAGCUCUCGGUGUUCCCGUACCUUCGGCAGCGAGUGAGAAAGGGAAAGCAGAGUGAGGCUGACGUGCAGACGAUAAAACGAGGCCGGAGACGACCAAACCUCCAGGCGGCGCUGAAAAUCGCGGGCGAGAAAGAGGCGGGCAUGAUCCUGUGGUACGGCUCUCUUCCCUAUGCUGGCUAUUUCGCCGUCCUGAGCACUCUGUCCACACGGCUGGAGGCAAGGUACGGGUUUAGCUCGUUGCAAAUCGGGCUAUGCUAUCUCCCACUGGGGUUCGGCAGUUUGACUUCGCGCUGGACCGUGGGCCGGAUCCUCGACAAGAACUUUCACCGCGUUGCGCGCCUCCACGGCAUGCCCAUCGUCCAUAAUCGGCAAGAAGAUAUCCCCAGGUUCCCCAUUGAGUUCGCCCAACUGCAGGUGUCCAUCCUACUGAUCUACGGGGCGUGCCUGACUAUCAUCGCAUACUCGUGGGUUAUGAACUUCAAGACCAGCCUAGCCGCCCCCCUCAUCAUGCUCUUCAUCGUCGGCCAUCUUGUGACGGGUCCUUUCAGCACCCUCAACACCCUGGUGGUGGACAUCAACAGAGAGGCGCCGGCGACGGCGAAGGAGGGAAGGAAAGCAAAGAAAAAGGGAGACCUGGAAUCUGGGUCUCCCGAUGAGAAGAAGUCUACGGACCCAAAGUAAAGAACCCUAGACGAGGACUAAAAGUAGGAACUGUUUCGUGUGGCCUAGGCUUAGAUGCUGUAUAUAUCAGGUAUAUCAGGCAGUGAGGAGUUAUGCAUGGUAGGUAGAAGAUAUUGAUCACAUAGACCUAGGCAACCUUGGUACUUAACAUAAAGCUUUGAUACUUUAACAAAUAUAUCGCCUGCGAGGUAGCCAUCGAUAUCAUCGUUUAUAGUUAGCCCACUGUCGUACUCGUUAUCCGCGAAUACUUAUAGGAUAUUAUAUCUCGCUUUCUAGAUUUAUCCACUCACUACUGCGUGAAUCGACGCCGCUGUCUCCCUUCACGCCUUUUGUACCAGGUCGAACGGCAUUAUGAGGUGCUGGAGGUCCCUCAAAUCUUUCUGCCCUGGGCGAAUCGCUAUUGUCGCCGGGCAAUAAACAGCAUUUCUACAUUUCCGUCUUGAAAGCCGAUAAUCAACAUUCCGAAGCCGUGUUGGCACUAGUUAUGCCUUAUCGAAUACAAGAGGCUCAGUUGGCGGCAAGCGAAAAUCAUC